CGACCUAGAGCCCCAGCCAUCCUUCUACUAUUGGCAUUGCUGCAGCUCUAUUUGGGUGGUAGCAAAAUCAAUUGUGCAACGCUUCCUGAUAACAACACUGAUGUGCUCUGGCUGCCAACUUUCAGGCAUGGGAUCAGUUCUGAUCCCUCCGGAUGGUUCAGCUCUUGGAACUCUAGCGCUAACCACUGUCUAUGGCGCGUGGUGGUGCUUGAACACUUUGGACUAAACCUGGCCGGCCAAAUCAGCUCCUCCAUUGGGAACCUUACGUUCCUCAGAACCGUGAACCAAUCCACGAAUGGCUUCUCUGGCCGGUUACCUCCUAUGAACCAUCUGCAAAAACUCGAAGUCCUUGACCUGAGCGUCAACCGGUUGCAUGAUAGUAUCUCAGAUGCAAUUAUCAACUGCUCCAGCUUAAGGGAAAUCGAUCUUAAUACAAACUUCCUAGUAGGCGAAAUUCCUCCAAAAGUAGGCCUCCUCUCCAAUCUCUCACUUUUGCGACUUUGCUGGAAUAAUCUCACCGGGAUCAUCCCGCCAAUCCUCGGCAACAUCACAAGCAUACAAAGACUUGGCCUUGCGUACAAUAAUCUAACUGGACGUAUUCCUAAUGAGUUUGGGAAACUGACAAAUGUGUGGAGGUUGAACCUAGGGGGAAAUAGGUUGUUAGUUGGAUUCCCUUGGUUUCUCUUCAAUCUUUCUAAAUCUCUUCAAAUAUUAGGCUUGGAGUCAAAUAUGCUAAACAAUACACUACCACCUACCAUAGGCAACGACCUACCAAAUCUCCAAGAGCUUUACUUGAAUAGCAACAUGUUUGAAGGUCAAAUACCGGCUUCACUAGGCAAUGCUACAUGGCUGCAAACGCUAGAAUUAGGAAAUAACAAUUUCACUGGUGAAAUUACAAGCUCUUUAGGCAAACUUUCAAAACUUCAUUUAUUAUACCUUGGGUUUAACAAUCUUGAAGCUAUUGAAAGCCAAAUCUGGGAAUUCUUUAGCGCGUUAACAAACUGCACUAGUCUCGAAGCACUGUCGCUAUAUGAAAAUCAGCUACAUGGAGCUAUACCGAAUAUGAUAGGUAACUUCUCCCGUAGCCUCACUAAAUUAUAUCUUGGUCGAAACAAUCUUUUGGGGAAGUUGCCCCCAAGCAUAGGGAAUCUUGGAAGCUUGUUUUCUCUAGUACUUGAAGAUAACAAUUUAACAGGUACGAUUGCACAAUGGAUUGGGAAGCUAACACAGUUACAAAUUCUUUCCCUCCAAGCGAACAGCUUCAUUGGGACAUUGCCAUCAUCCCUUGGCCAGCUUACUCAGUUGACAUAUCUCGAUCUAGGAAACAAUAAACUUGGAGGCCCUAUACCACCCGCCUUAGGGAACUUGAAACAACUCUCGCUUUUAGACCUUGGUCAGAACAAUCUUGAGGGUAACAUACCUAUUCAGGUUGGUAGCCUUACAUCACUUUACAAACUAGAUCUUUCGUCAAACAAUCUUACUAGUAAAAUUUACUGA